GGCGUCGGGCAGCUCAUGCGCAGGCGUGCCUUCUUGAGAGGGGAUUGGCGGGCGACUGGGCGGGACUCUUCCCGGCGCACGCUCUGUGGGCGGACAGGGCGGAGCUAUCGGCGUCCGUUGGUCCAAGUGUCCCGGCCUGAGGCAUCCUCCCGAACCCUCCCCCUCCCGGCGCCUCGAACGGCAGACCAUUCAUCAAGGAUUUUCUGUCCAAGGCCCAAAAGUUUGUUACCCAAGAUGAUGAAUGCUGACAUGGAUGCAGUUGAUGCUGAAAAUCAGGUGGAACUGGAGGAAAAAACACGACUUAUUAAUCAAGUGUUGGAACUCCAACAUACACUUGAAGAUCUUUCUGCAAGAGUAGAUGCAGUUAAGGAAGAAAAUCUGAAGCUAAAAUCAGAAAACCAAGUUCUUGGACAAUAUAUAGAAAACCUCAUGUCAGCUUCUAGCGUUUUUCAAACAACUGACACAAAAAGCAAAAGAAAAUAAGGGAUUGAUAUCCCUUCUGUUUUAUGGAAUUGCUGCUGAUCUUUUUUUCUUUAAACUUGGAUAGAUUCCAAAAGUUAUAGUUCUUUUGUUUAUGGCUUCAUUGAAUAUUUAUGAAGAUAAUGUCAGAUCUAGGCAAAAUUAAGAGCAUUAACAGAGGACUUCCAUGAGUUUGUGUAUUAUGUUAGUCUAUGAAAACGUGCAAAUGUAUUGUAGAGACUUUAUAAUUAGAAAUGCACAUAUUUACGAAACUUGAAAAUGUUUUAUUGAAUUUGCAUUGAUUUAUAGGUUUAGCACUGUCUUUUAUUAUAGGCAUAGUACGAGAUACAAGGAAAUAACCACCAUAUUGUGAAAAAGUGACCAAAAUCAUGUACUAAAUGCACAGCUUUAUGUACCCUGUCCACCGUCGUGUGCCUCUUCUCCAUUUGCUUCUUCCCAUUUUCCUUCCUCUAGGGAAAAAAUUGGUUUCACGUUUGUAAAAGUGAUUUCACUAGUUAAUCACCUUUGAGAGUAACCUGAACUCUAAUAGUUGAAACUUAACCAAAAUAAGAUACUUUCUCAGUUAGGCCUUGUUGUUAUAUUUAGUCAUAAGAUAGGGUUGCUGGUUUCUCUUUAAUCAGUUGAAAACAGAGGCUAUAAAAAUGAUUUUUCUUUGAAAUUGCAUUGUCAAAUUGGGAAGAUUUGAUGUUAAAAACUUCCCUUUGCACAAAAUAACUCACUUGGUAUCUGAAAAGAUGAGUUCUGGUUGUGUGUGUGUUUGACAUAGAAAAUUUUGAGAAAAAUACAAGUAGGAUGGAAAAAGUACUUGGUAAGUAGUAGUAACGAACUCAAAAUAUUUUUACUCCAGAGACAUGUUCUCUCCAGCACAGACAGAUCUUUUGGGGAACAUAUAUGAAAGUGGAUUAAGUUUGACUAACCUGAUCUAAACCACAUCUAGGAUAGUUACAGAAAGUUUGACUAACCUGAUCUAAACCACAUCUAGGAUAGUUACAGAAAGUUUGACUAACCUGAUCUAAACCACAUCUAGGAUAGUUACAGAAAGUUUGACUAACCUGAUCUAAACCACAUCUAGGAUAGUUACAGAAAGUUUGACUAACCUGAUCUAAACCACAUCUAGGAUAGUUACAGAAAGUUUGACUAACCUGAUCUAAACCACAUCUAGGGUAGUUACAGAAAGUUUGACUAACCUGAUCUAAACCACAUCUAGGAUAGUUACAGAAAGUUUGACUAACCUGAUCUAAACCACAUCUAGGGUAGUUACAGAAAGUUUGACUAACCUGAUCUAAACCACAUCUAGGAUAGUUACAGAAAGUUUGACUAACCUGAUCUAAACCACAUCUAGGGUAGUUACAGAAAGUUUGACUAACCUGAUCUAAACCACAUCUAGGAUAGUUACAGAAAGUUUGACUAACCUGAUCUAAACCACAUCUAGGGUAGUUACAGAAAGUUUGACUAACCUGAUCUAAACCACAUCUAGGAUAGUUACAGAAAGUUUGACUAACCUGAUCUAAACCACAUCUAGGAUAGUUACAGAAAGUUUGACUAACCUGAUCUAAACCACAUCUAGGAUAGUUACAGAAAGUUUGACUAACCUGGUCUAAACCACAUCUAGGAUAGUUACAGAAAGUUUGACUAACCUGAUCUAAACCACAUCUAGGAUAGUUACAGAAAGUUUGACUAACCUGAUCUAAACCACGUCUAGGAUAGUUACAGAAAGUUUGACUAACCUGAUCUAAACCACGUCUAGGAUAGUUACAGAAAGUUUGGUCUCAAGGUUUAUUUGCAGGAUCUAGCAGAUCAACUUUUGCAAAGUCCUGUACGAGUGUAUUAGUAUCAGAAUCAUGAAUAAAUGGGAGAGUUUUACAUGUACACUAAUUGAUACUUUCUCAGUGUUUUCUCUACUUCUCCCAGAAUUUUUUGUAAACCCAACUAGUUGAUUUGCAGAGUUUUAGUCAUUCUUCAACAAUUUUUAAAAAUUUAGUUUGUAGACUCCAUUUGGUAAGGAAAUUAGUAUCAUAAGUGUAAUGUUAAAAUGUUAAAUAGAAAAAGAGAUCCACUAAUAUAGCUUAUGGUUAUUAGAUUUGGGCUACUUUUAAUCAUGGAAUAAUAAUGUUUGUAUUGGUGUAAGAUUCGAUGACUUUAGCUGUAUGAAUAGUCAUACUGCAAACAUUUUGCAUCCCUUUUGUGACCUUACAUUUAAAAUUGUGUUGCAAUUAUGCUUUGCUGUUUAAUAAAAUGCUAUUUCAGAGAU